AUGUUCUUGAUAAAUAUAAUUUUCUCGUUCUUAUUGAUAUGUUCAUUAUGCUCAGCAAAUCGUUGGUAUCGCAUGUUUAAUGCUAAUCAUGAUGAUUCAUGUAUUGAUCGUCAUAAACGUUUCCAGCGAUGUAUACCUGAUUUUAUUAAUGCUGCUUAUCAAAAACCUAUAUAUGUCUCAUCGACGUGUGGGAACUCGCCGAAAGAAUUCUGCAGCAUAUCACAAUUAAAUAAUAAUCAAGAAAUUGAUUAUUUAACUGAUAUAAAUAAUCCAAAUAAUUUAACAUGUUGGCAAUCCGAUUUAAUUAAGCAGAGUGAUAAUGUUUCAUUAGUAUUAUCGUUGAAGAAAAAAUUUGAAUUAACAUAUAUUAGUUUACAAUUUUGUUCACAAGGUAAACCAGAUUCGAUGGCAAUUUUUAAGAGUAUGGAUAUGGGUUUAACAUGGAUACCAUUACAAUAUUAUUCAAAUAAUUGUGAAGAAACUUUUAAUAAAAGUUCUAAUGGAAUAAUAACUCGUUCCAAUGAACAAGAAGCUUUAUGUAUUGAUACAAAAUCCCAAUUAUCAAGUAUGAGUGAAUCACGUAUUGCAUUUAGUACACUUGAAGGACGUCCAUCUGCGUAUGAAUUCGAUACAAGUCCUGUCUUACAAGAUUGGGUUACAGCAACAGAUAUCAGAAUUGUUUUGCUAUCAUCGAAUCUCGAACCAAAUUCAUAUUCUGUAGCUGAUUUAGCUGUCGGAGGAAGAUGUAAAUGUAAUGGACAUGCAUCAAAAUGUAUUGCAAACAGUGAUGGUCGCUUAGUAUGUGAUUGUAAACAUAAUACGGCUGGUGAUGAAUGUGAGCGUUGUAAAGAUUUUCAUUACGAUCGUCCAUGGGCUCGUGCAACACAACGUGAUGCAAAUGAAUGUGUCGUUUGUAAUUGCAAUAAACAUGCAACAAAAUGUCGUUUUAAUUUGGAACUCUACAAAAUGAGUGGACAUAAAUCAGGUGGCGUUUGUAUCGAUUGUCAACAUAAUACGGCUGGCCGAUCAUGUCAAUAUUGCCGAGAAAGUUUUACACGUGACUUAACUCAACCAAUGACAAGUGUAAAUGCUUGUCAAGCAUGCACUUGUAACAAUCAUUCUCAACAAUGUCGUUUCAAUAAAGAACUUUAUCUUCUUUCGGGUCGAAAAUCAGGUGGAAUUUGUAUACAAUGCAAACAUAAUACAGUUGGUCGUCAUUGUAGCUAUUGCAAAGAAACAUUCUACCGUGAUCCAGAUUUACGAAUAACACACCCACAAAUCUGUAAAGCAUGUAAUUGCCAUCCGGUGGGUUCACGUGGUAAAGUAUGUAAUCAAACAACUGGACAAUGCCCAUGCAAAGAAGGUGUCUCUGGCUUGAGAUGUGAUCGAUGUAUGAAAGGUUAUCAACAAACGAAAUCACCUAUUGCACCAUGUAUUAAAAAAAUCGAAUUAUCAUCAUCAAAUUCCUAUAGUAUAUAUAAUCGAAAUGAAAAUGUAUAUCGUUAUCAUGAACAAGAUGCUAAUAACGAUGGUGAUAAUGAUGAUGAUGAUGAUGAUGAUGAUGAUGUUGUUGUUUAUACUACUUCAACCGAAAGGACAACAACAACUACAGCAACCACAAGUACGACAACUAUAAGUUCAAUAUUAACAGAAUAUAAUCCAUCAAUUGAUAUGGAACAAUAUUGUGGUGCAUGUCGUUACUAUAGUCGUCGUUUACACGUUAAAAAAUAUUGUAAACGAGAUUACACAAUUCAUGCACGUGUAACUAAUCGACAUGAUGCUGGUCAAUGGAUAUCUUAUUUGUUAACAAUAGUUCGAGUUUAUAAAGAUCGUCUUAACCGUAUUCAAGAAAGUGAGCAAUGGAUAUGGGUAUCACGUAAAGAUGUUCAAUGUGGAUGUCCACGUUUAAAACUUGACAAACAAUAUUUAUUAAUGGGCUUUUAUGAUCAAAUGCAAACAUCGUUAAGUCUUGAUCGUACAUCGGUUGUGAUUGAAUGGAGACCACGCAUGGAACAGCGUAUGAAUCUUUUUCGAAAAUAUGAAUUGAAUAAAAAAUGUUAG